AUGUCCUACAACAAACCUGACCAGCCUCCUCCGUCCUACCCUCCUCCCACCCACGACGCCGGUCCCUACCACCAAGGCGCAUCGCAAGACUACUACCAGCAGGGCGGUUACCCUCAACAAGGCUACAACCAGGGAUAUCCGCCCCAGGGCUAUGGUCCCCCGCCGCAGCAGGGAUACUACGGUUCUCCUCCGCCUCAAGGCCAGCCGAUGUACUAUCCUCCGCCGCAGCAGCAACAAGGUUACUAUGCCGGACAAGACCGGGGCGGAUCCUCGGGUGGUGGUAUCUGCGCGGGUAUAAUGGCUGCAUUGGCUUGCUGUUGCUGCUUGGAUAUCCUGUUUUAA